UGGGAUUUUGCAGUUAGUCUUUAAUCCCUCGACGAAGUGUCGAGUCUCUUUUUAAACCUUGACUUUCAUUAACAAAAGAUGUGUCGAAAGUUUCUACUGGCCUUUGUGGCCACAUUGUUAACGAUAACGUCAGCGGAUCACCAUGCACCUGUUUUCACAAUGUGCAUCCCGGAGAAAUUCUGGCAAGAAUGCGUGGAGAUGAUGGAAGAUUCUUCAUCCAAGGGAAUCCCAAUUUCUUGUAUCUCGGGGAGAGAUCGCUUCGAAUGCGUCGAAAAGGUUGGGAGAAAAGAAGCGGACGUUGUUGCAGUCGACCCCGAAGACAUGUACUUGGCUGCUAAAAGUGCACUGGCAGACCAAGCCGGUUACAACGUCGUCGAGCAGAUCAGGACCAAGGAGGAGCCCGAGGAGCCAUAUCGUUACGAAGCAGUCGCCGUGGUCCACAAAGACUUGGCCAUCAACGACGUGCAAGGACUUCGGGGUUUGAAGUCCUGCCACACAGGAGUGGGUCGCAACGUGGGCUACAAAAUCCCGAUCACAAAGUUGACAGCCAUGGGAGUCCUGGGCAGCAUCAACGAUCCGGAAUACUCGGCCAGAGAGAACGAACUUCGGGCUCUAAGUUCCCUUUUCAGCAAAGGUUGUCUGGUGGGGACGUGGUCCCCAGAUCCCGCCAUCAACCAGAGACUGAAGGAAACCUACAGCAACAUGUGUGCCUUAUGCGAGAAGCCGGAAGUCUGCGACUACCCGGACAUCUACUCCGGCUAUGAAGGAGCUCUACGAUGUUUGGCCCACAACGGAGGAGAAGUAGCCUGGACCAAAGUCAUCUACGUGAAGCGAUUCUUCGGCCUCCCCGUAGGUGUGACCCCAGCAGUGCCCACGAACGAGAACCCCAGCGAAUUCCGGUACUUCUGUCCGGAUGGUACCAAGGUGCCCAUCAACGCGGAAACCAAGCCCUGCACCUGGGCUGCAAGACCUUGGCAGGGGUACAUGACCAACGGAGGGAUGAGCGACGUUGGCGCGGUCCAGAAGGAGUUAACGGAGCUGGGGAAGCUGGGAGAGUCCGAGAAGGCUGCCUGGUGGAAGGACCUCAUGCUGCUGGACGAGAAGACCCUGGCGGUGCCCGCUACACCUGUCCGCCCCAAGGAACACCUUGAAAAUUCCAAGUACCUGGACGUCAUCGAGAGGAACUCUGGAGCGCCGGAAAGAAACGCGCGUUGGUGCGUUUCCAGCGAAGCUGCUUUAUCGAAAUGCCGCGCACUUGCUCGAGCAGCAUUUUCCAGAGAUGCCAGACCUAGAUUCGACUGCAUCAGAGAGAAGAACGAGGAAGAGUGCCUGAAGAUCGUGCGAGACGAUGGAGCCGAUCUGACCAUAUUAGACGGUGGAUCAGUCGGCAACGCGAUGAACAAGUUCAACGCAAAGCCGAUAAUCGCGGAAAAGUACGGAGAGGGAUCAACGAAGAUGAGCGAGAGACCCGCGGUGGCAAUUGUCAAGAAAGGAGCCGCUGUCAACAGUCUAGCUGAUCUUCGAGGGAAACGGUCCUGCCACUCUGGGUACCAUCAGGACUUCGCUGGCUGGACUGCUCCCGUCCACGCUUUGAAGAAAUCUGGUCUGAUAUCUUCCGCAGACGACGUUGCGGAAUUCUUUUCCGCAUCCUGCGUGCCAGGAGCAGCUUCAGGAUCUAAACUGUGUGCACAAUGUGUCGGGAACGUCGCUUCGAAAGACGACAGGGUGAUCGAGGCCACAAAGUGCAAAGACACAGAAGCCGAGGCCUUCAAGGGUGGCGUUGGUGCUCUGAAGUGUCUCAUCAGCGACAAGGGUGACGUUGCGUUCCUUCCACUGACCGCCUUAAUACAAACUGUUUCAGAAAGACCUGAUAGCGCUGAUAAGGUGGACUUGAAGACCACGGACUUCCAAUUGGUAUGUCCCAAUGGAGGGUUGGCUGCUGUUGAAGACUGGCAGAAUUGCAAUCUAGGCUUGGAGCCACCUCGUGUCAUUGUCAGCUCUGCCACGAAGACUGUCAAUGCCCUGGAAGAGUUGACACACGGAGUUUUGGCAGCCAGUUCCCUUUACUCGAAGAGACCGGACUUCCUCCAGCUUUUCGGGAGCUGGGGUGGAGAACAAAACGUCAUGUUCAAGGACGACGCAAAGGGCCUCGUCUCUGUCGACAAUUCUUGGGAUCGUUGGGAACAAUGGGCGACAACAAAGCAAGAAUUUGUUUGAAGUACAUAAAGUGUACUUAUAACUACAAUGGUCAAUUACAAUCAUUUUAUCGCACUGCUUUCAACGCGCAAUAAUGCUUAAACCAAUACUUUAUUUAAUUUUAUAAAAAGGACGAACUUUUGUAUUAACUAAUCGAAUACACAAAAAUACUUCCGACUUCUUUUCCCAUCAUUGUUAUCAACUUGACGGCAUUGCCAUCUCAAGUGUCUAUUAUUAUAAUAAUGAUGGUAACAUUGCGUUGCAUCACGUUAGCAAUUACUCCACCUAAUAAACUGCUGAUACGAAUAAUUUAAAUGUGA